AUGACCGAUAUAAUGGCGCAAUCAUCACAGGCACAACCGUUCACCCAACCGUUCGUCUCCAAGUGGGCAUCAAGAUAUCGCGGGGCAACAGUAGAAGACCUCGACCCCCCGGCCGCCCUGUCGCUCACCCCCUCGGACACGGUCUCGGUGGCGCUCAUGUCGGCCUUUGAGCGCGACUACACGCACCUGACCGUCGUCGACUCGGCCACGCGCGCCCUGCUGGGCUACCUGUCCAUUCCGCACCUGCAGGCCCUGCUCGAGGCCGGCCGCGUGCGGCCCGAGGACGAGGUGCGCAGCGCCAUGACACGCUUUCAGCGCCGCGGCACAAAGUACAAGGUCAUCACCAUGGACACGCCGCUCGAGGAGCUCGAGGCCUUCUUUGAGGGCGCCGCUACGGGAGGGCAGAAGCAGGAGUUUGCCGUCAUCACGGACGAGAGGAGGCGCUUCGUGCUCGGCGUUGCGACGAGGGCGGAUCUCGAGGAGUUUGUCAAACGGCGGCCGGCUUGA